AUUAGCACACAGUCAGCACACAUCAACACGACUCAGCACAUGCUGGGCCAUUGUACACUCAGCACCUACUUGGUCAGUGCACGUCAGCAUGUGCUUAGCGUACGCUCGGUCAGCAAACACUCAGCACAUGCUUGGUCAACACACAUCAGCACGUGCUCAGCGCACAGUCAGCACACACUCGGUACACGCUCGGUCGGCGCACGUCAGCACAUGCUCAGCGCACAGCACACACUCGGCACACGGUCAUCACACGUCAGCUUGUGCCCAGCGCACAGUCAGCACACACUCAGCACACGGUCAGUGCACAUCAGCACGUGCUCAGCGCACGGUAAGCACACAGCACACACUCGGUCAGCGCACGUCAGCAUGUGCUUAGCGCACAGUCAGCACACACGGCACAUACUUGCUCAGUGCACAUCAGCACGUGCUCAGCACACACUUGGCACACUCGUUUAGCACACUACACAUGCUCAGCACACACUCGGUCAGCGCACCGCACGUCAGCACAUGCUCAGCACACUUGGUACACUUGUUUAGCACUACUAUGCUUGGCACACACUUGGUCAGCGCACGUCAGCACGUGCUCAGCGCACAGUCAGCAUACAUUCGGCACACAUUUAGCACACUACAUGCUUGGCACACACUCGUCAGCGCACCUCAGCAUGUGUUCAGUGCACAGUCAGCACACACUCAGCACACACUUGGUCAGCGCACGUCAGCACGUGCUCAGUGCACAGUCAGCACACACUCGGCACACACUCGGUCAGCGCACGUCAGCACGUGCUCAGCGCACAGUCAGCACACAUUCGGCACACAUUUAGCACACUACAUGCUUGGCACACACUCGGUCAGUGCACCUCAGCAUGUGUUCAGUGCACAGUCAGCACACACUCGGCACACACUCGGUCAGUGCACCUCAGCAUGUGUUCAGUGCACAGUCAGCACACACUCGGCACACACUUGGUCAGCGCACGUCAGCAUGUGUUCAGUGCACAGUCAGCACACAUUCGGCACACAUUUAGCACACUACAUGCUUGGCACACACUCGGUCAGCGCACGUCAGCAUGUGUUCAGUUCACAGUCAGCACACAUUCGGCACACAUUUAGCACACUACAUGCUUGGCACACACUCGGUCAGUGCACCUCAGCAUGUGUUCAGUGCACAGUCAGCACACACUCGGCACACACUCGGUCAGUGCACCUCAGCAUGUGUUCAGUGCACAGUCAGCACACACUCGGCACACACUUGGUCAGCGCACGUCAGCAUGUGUUCAGUGCACAGUCAGCACACAUUCGGCACACAUUUAGCACACUACAUGCUUGGCACACACUCGGUCAGCGCACGUCAGCAUGUGUUCAGUUCACAGUCAGCACACACUCGGCACACAUUUAGCACACUACAUGCUUGGCACACACUCGGUCAGUGCACCUCACCAUGUGUUCAGUGCACAGUCAGCACACACUCGG